AUGUCUUAUCUGGGAUUAAUAUCUGGUGCUUCUAAUGUGUACAAUCCAGAAAUUAUACAUGAGCAAGCUCAUCCUUCGUUUUUUUGUAUCAUUUGUUUUUUUCUUUCUUUCCAACAUUAUAUUCUUUUCCUUGUUUCUUUUUUAUCUGCUUUGAUUUAUUCCUUUAUUUUCUUUUACUUUGCUCGUUCCUUUUUGCAUUCGUUGACUCUUUCAUUAUCUCUAUUUUAUAUAAGAUUCUUUUCUCUUCGUCUACUUUUUCACUCUAACUUAAUUUUCAAUAUUUUCUUUCAUUUUUCAUUAUCUCUUUCGCACUCGGGUCCCAUAUUUUUCUCUGUCUUGUCUUUCAACGUUCUUUUUUCAUUCUUUUUUUUUUUUUUUGAAUUAGCUUUUAUUUUUCUCACUCUAUCGUUUCUCUAUAGCUUUUCUUUUAAUUAUCUUAAUUUCUUUCUGUCUUCUAUUUUUUCCGUCUUCUCUUUCAACGUUAUUUUCCUUCUUUCUUUGCUUAACUAUCUUCUUCUUUAUCAUUUCGUUUAUCAUUCUUUUUUUUAUUUUUCCUUUUUUAAUUAUCUCCCUUUUUAUCAUAACUCUACUAAAUAUUUUUUUCUUUUUUUUAUUCGUUUACCUGUAUCUUUCGCAACUGAUAUUUUUCUCUCAUUUAUUGCCUUUCUUUAUCUAUCUAUCUAUCUAUCUUUUUCUCUAGAAUGCUACUUUUUCGUUAAGUAUUUGUCCGUCAUUUUUUUUCCAUUUAUCGCAUCACAUGUUUUCUCUAAUGGGUUCUGCUUCAUUUUUUCUCUCUUGCACAUUGUUUUCUUUCAUUUCAAUUUUUAUUCCUCAUUUUGUUUCGACGCUUCCUUUAUUUCUACCUAUCUCUCCUUAAUCUAUCUAUCGAUCUAUCUAUCUAUCUAUCUAUCUAUCUAUCUAUCUAUCUAG